AUGUUCACCAUGCUCUUGUUCCCAUUGCUGCUCGUAUGUGCCUUGCUGGCCAGUCAAGCCUCGGCGUUCCCAAAGCGGCAUAUGGUCAACCUCCCUCCAUAUCUCCAGAAUAUCAAGAGAUCCGAUACCGGAAACUACCAAAUCCCCAGCGAUGUGCACAAUGGAUCCAGCAAGGCUGUAUUCGAUAUCGAAACAACAACAUCAACCCUCGACACCAGCACCCUGCUGAGUUUGGACGCACCCAAACUGGACUCGAUCAAUGGAUCCGUCUUCGACUGGUGGUAUUUCGACGUCGUCUCCGAAGCAAACCCAGACGAUUCCGUGACAAUCACAUUCUUCUCUUCGACAGUGGAAGCAUUCCCAUUCCUUGCUGCAAACCAAUCGUCUAUCCUGACAGCCUGGAUCUGGGCUUCCUUCGCAAAUGGCACUGUCGUCGCCGACUAUGUUCCAGCAACUGUUGCGACUUUGACAGGCGUCGAUGGUACACAUACCGAAGGCUCGGGACAUUGGUUCCCAACUGGCUUUGGGUGGGGUGCUUCCACUGCGCCUCAGACUAGAUAUGUGGUUUCCAUUGCAUCGGAGAAGAUCCAGGUUCAUGGACGGUUGACUUUGACUGCUACUGUGCCUUAUCAUCUGCCAUGUGGUGUUCAAAAGGAUAAGUCGAUUCUUGAAAUCGCGCCUCAUAUCGGAUGGGUUAAUGCUGUACCUGACGCCGAGGGCGUGGUGGACAUGAAUAUUCGUGGCUCGUCAUUGAAGUUCCAAGGUCCUGGGUAUCAUGAUAAAAACUGGUCAGAUAGACCUUUCAUGGAAUCAGUCGAGAGUUGGUAUUGGGGCCAUGGUCGUCUGGGCCCAUACUCGAUUGUAUGGUUCAGUUUCCUCGCUUUGAACGACACAACAAACUCUACAUAUGUGAGCAGUUAUGUGGCCAAAGAUGGCAAUGUUCUCGUUUCGGCUUGCGGUGAGCUUCUCACUGUGCGUCCGAUUGGGGCCCCUGGAACAACGGGAGGACGAUACCCACCGAAGGUAGGGGAUGUUCCUGAGGGGUUCCAUCUGGAUUAUGAUUUGGGAGAAGAAAUCGGACUCCUCAAGGUGAAUGUUUCGACUAGAGCGCUUGUUGCUGGUGAUGGUGAAUACUAUGGGCGGUGGACGGGAGAGUUGGUCGGUGAAGUGGUCAAGCCUGGGAACGAUACGCAUGGGGCAUGCUCUCCUGAUUCAGAGAAUGGCUCGGAUACUGAGGAGAUAUCGUUGGUUGGGGUUGGGGUUUUCGAGCAGUUUGUGGUGGUGGAAUAG